AGAAAUCAAGCAGACCGAAAGCCAAUGAUUGGAACCGAUAUUCAUUCAAAUUAAACUCCUUGUGGCAAGAUGUCAAACAACCGGUGAUGGAAUUUACUCAAGUUCAAUUCUGAGGCAGCCAGAAUGACGAGCCUCCAUCUGAGCGCCAUGGGGGAGGUGGUGGAGAGGUUUCUGGAUGCGGCUGCCAGAGGAGACCUGACCCAGGUGUCCACGCUGCUGUCCAACACCCCGUCGCUCAUCAACCGGAAGGGAGACAGCGGCUGGACGGCGCUGAUGCUCGCUGCUCGCAACGGACACUACAAUGUGGUGGAGGUGCUGCUGUCGCAUGGCUGUGACAAGUUCUCAGUGAAUAGUUCAUCACAGACCGCCUACGAUAUCGCCAAGUUCUGGGGCCACAGACACAUCUGUAACCUGCUGGGCCGCACAGACGACGGCUGCCAACGAGUCCUGCCCGACUCUGACCUCCACCAGCACGAGAACUACUUCAGCAGAGAGACGCUGGACCGGCUGAGCGGGAAGAGGACAGACAAGCUUUGGUUGGAGGCCAAACAGAACCACCCAGAUACUGUCUACCUCCUGUUCUCCAACCUCAGCCCCAUGGUCAGCAGCUCCCAGGUGGACGAAAAUACAGGGGUUGAGACCAAGCUGUGUCGGUUCAGAUACGAGGCGAUGAAGGACCUUCUCCAGAAACCCACGACUGUGCUUGUCUUCCUGGGAGUGGAGAAGAGAGAGAGACCCUCCUCUUCCUCCUCCUCUCAGAUGGAGGAGGGUGUCCAGGAGCCCCCUGUUUGGUUUGCCAUCAGCACAGAUGAAGAUGCUGCUGAACUUCUUAAACGCUGCAGAGAAAAGAACUGCUCCUUUCCAAAGACACCUAACAGAGACCUGCUGACGUUCAGUGAGGAAGAGGCUGGAGUUGUUGCUCAGGCUCGAUCGGUGUUGGCCUGGCACAGCCGCUACAGCUUCUGCCCGACCUGCGGCAGCAGCACCCAGCUGGAGGAGGGAGGAUACAAGAGGAGCUGCCUGAACUCCGAUUGCAGGAGUCUGAAGGGGGUUCACAACACCUGCUAUCCACGAGUCGACCCAGUGGUCAUCAUGUUAGUGAUCCAUCCUGAUGGAAACCAGUGUUUACUGGGAAGGAAGAAGAUCUUUCCAGCUCGCAUGUUCUCGUGCCUGGCUGGAUUCGUAGAGCCAGGGGAGACGCUGGAGGAUGCGGUGAGGAGGGAGGUGGAGGAGGAGAGCGGUGUGAAGGUUGGUCCUGUUCAGUACGUCUCCUGUCAGCCCUGGCCGAUGCCGUCCAACCUCAUGAUUGGUUGCCUUGCUGUCGCGAUAUCGACCGACAUCAAAGUGGAUGAGAACGAGAUUGAGGAAGCCCGGUGGUUCCAGCGGCAACAGGUGAUUGAGUCAUUACUCAAAGGACCGCAUCCAGCCUUUACGUUCCCCCCCCGACAGACCAUCGCCCACCAGCUGAUCAAACACUGGAUCGGCAUGAACUCUAACCUCUAAGCCAGCUCAGGCAGACCUGCAGAGGGUCAGAUGGCAAACCAGCUGUUAGUUGAGGGAGUCACCAGAUUCUUCAGGAUUUGCAUGCCACAGUGCUGUAAUAUGUUUGUAGUUACUGUUGACUGACUCCAUAUCAUUUACAUGCACUGCCUGCAUGUAGAGAGAUACAGCCUUUUCACCUAUACAAAAGCAAGGAAGUAGGGUACAGACAGAGUACACUCCUCUGUGUCAAGUCACAUCUCAGGCAUGAAACCGCACAUGUGCAGUAUGACAGUGGAUCAAAUAAAAGGCACCAGUUCACAGGUCAUAAGGAAAUGGUGAAGGUGCUGCGUUAGGUAAAAUACCAGACAAAUGCGGACAGCUUUCACCUUUAUUUGGGUCACGCAGCUGUGCCAGACACAGAUUUAAUUCAGAAACAGUACAGUGAGCCAGAUGGAGCAGCCACACAGACACACACAGUUGGAUAAAUCAUAAACACCACAAAUACUUAAAAGCAUAAUGAAACAGACAAAAUGUUGAAACACGAUUUGAAUACAAAUAAUUAAAAACUAAUUACAAAUUUUAAUGUCUAAGUAUGUACAUUCAAUUUAAAAAUGUACAUAUUCAAAAGCUCAGAUUAUUGAUUUAUUGAUUGAUUGAUCUGAAAAAUGUUGAUUCUCCCCUGAUAUUCUCCUGCACAAUGUUAUAAGAGGUCAAGGUUGACACAGCAAAAUGGCCGAUCACUGACACUAAUAAUUGAUGGGCAAAUUUGAUCUAAAUGUAAAUGAACUGGAAAUAAUAAAAAGCUAACCAAU